AUGUGUCAGCAGACAGACAGGGCUGAUAUCGACAACCGCAUCUUCUCUCUCGCGAUCCCAGCACUUGGUUCCUUGGCCAUCGACCCGCUUCUCGGCCUGGUGGACACUCUGUAUCUUGGUAGAAUUCCAUCACCUUCUCCCCUUGCUGCUCUUGGCGUUUGUUCUUCCAUCUUCAACUAUGCUUUUUUCAUCUUCAACUUCUUUGCGACUGCAACCACUCCCCUUAUCUCACGGGCGCUGGCGGCUGGGGAGAAGGAGGAGGCUGCCGAGACGCUGGCGCAGGCGCUGACGGCAGCAGCGCUGUUGGGUGUUAGCACUGUGGGCCUACUCGAGUUCUUCUCGCACGGCAUCAUAGAGAGUAUGGGAACGAUUGGCAAUGGAGCUUUCCGAGGGCUGCAGGAUACCAGGACUCCUCUGCUGAUCUUGUUGGUGGCCAACCUGGUCAACUUCGUGCUGGACCCUCUCUUCAUCUAUGGGGUGAACAUCAACUCAGGCGCCGGGCUUGCCACUGCCAUCGCCGAGUGGAUUUCAGCUGGGCUCUUCAUGGGAACGCUGCGCCAACGUGAAGCGGUAACGAGCUCCCUCAUGUCGAUGCCAGCUAGCCGUCUUCAUGGCAGAGACGAGCAUCCGCUGCUGGUGGCAAGCGGAGCAGUGUUUCUGAGAUCUAUUGCUUUACAAUCGGUUUUGACCUUCGCUACUAGUCAAGCAGCUCGCACAGGGACGGAGGCAGUUGCUGCUCAUCAGGUCGGCCUGCAAGUUUGGCUCCUCAUGUCCUUCGCUGUCGACUCGCUGGCUGUGGCGGCCCAGACUCUGAUCGCUGAGGAGCUGGGCAAGGGGAGCAAGCGGGAUGCACGAGUUAUCGCAGACAGACUGACGACCCUAGCAGCUCAGAUCGGUCUCUUGCUCAUGCUCGCCUUCCUCGCUUCUUCCAGCUUCCUCCCCAAGGUAUUCACUGCUGAUGCCAAGGUGGACGAGAUUGUUCAGCACCUCCUCCUCUACAUCUCCGUCAUGCAGCCGAUCAACGCGCUGGUAUUCGUCGGGGAUGGCAUCCUGCAAGGCAGCGAGGACUUCGCAUUCCUCACCAAGGCGAUGUUCGUCGCUGCCGCCUCCUCCCUCCUCGUGCUCCUCGCCGGUGAAGGCAUCGACGGCGUUUGGAGCGGACUGGUCGUGCUGCAGGUGAUGCGAGCAGCUGGACUUGGAUGGCGCUAUUACGGGGGAAAGGCUGCUGGAGGACCUUUGAAUGUGGAAUGA